GCAGCAGUCUCCAGCCAGCACUCGACACCACCUCCAACAAACCAGCACCCAGCUCUUUUUGCAAAAAUCUUUCAAAAUGAAGGCCAACUUCCUCCCUGUCAUUGCCCUGCUCCUCACCCCCGCCCUCGCCGCUCCCUUUGCCGAGCCCGAGGCCGAGACCGAGUUCACCCCCAUGGCCAGGGACAUGACUCCCCGCGCCGCCUUCAACGAAGCCGAAGUCUUCGCCUUCGCCCCUCCGGCCUCCUGCAAGGUCCUGAACUGCAUCAGCGUCAUCAGCUCGGCCGUCUGCGUCGCCAACGCCAUCGACGAUGAUGACUACAAGGCUAUCCUCAAGUGCGCUAAGAAGGACCAGCUGUGCGGCUGCGCUGGCUGCUUCAGCAAGCUCAAUGGCUUCUUGGAGAAGUGGGGGAUCUGCUAAGUGAUUGUGCUGGUAUAUGGGAGACGAGCGCACAGCGGAAAGAAAAUGCCGGGCUGAAAGGGGGACACAUGUACAUGCUGGGAUUGGAGGUGUAGGUGCUGGGAUUUCGUUGUGUAUGGGGGGGAUGCAAUGAUUCUAGUAGUCACUCUUUUGGCAAUCGAUCGAUCGUUGUUUUUAAUGUGUCG